AUGGAGGAUUUCAUGAAACUCUAUUCAAUGGCAACUACUCUGUUUCUGCUUAUAGGGCUUGUACCUUUGGCUUUAGCAGGUGGACAUAACUAUGGCCAAGCUCUCAGCAAAAGCAUUCUCUUCUUUGAAGCUCAAAGAUCUGGUUAUCUCCCUGGUAGCCAAAGAGUCAAAUGGAGAGGGAAUUCUGGUCUUUUUGAUGGCAAAGCAAAUGGGGUGAAUCUUGUAGGUGGGUACUAUGAUGCAGGGGAUAAUGUGAAGUUUGGGUUGCCAAUGGCGUUUACAGUGACAAUGAUGUCUUGGAGCAUAAUAGAAUAUGGGAAGCAAAUGGCUUCAAGUGGUGAACUUGGUCAUGCCAUGGAUGCUAUCAAAUGGGGCACUGAUUACCUCAUUAAAGCUCACCCUCAACCCCAUGUUCUUUAUGGAGAGGUUGGAGAUGGUAAUACUGACCACUAUUGUUGGCAAAGGCCUGAGGAUAUGACCACUUCAAGAAAUGCUUAUAGAAUUGACCAAAAUAACCCUGGUUCGGACCUCGCAGGAGAAACCGCUGCUGCCAUGGCCGCCGCCUCCAUCGUCUUCCGCCGCUACAACCCUGCUUACUCCAGAGAGCUCCUCACCCAUGCCUACCAGCUCUUCGAUUUUGCGGACAAAUACAGGGGCAAAUAUGACAGUAGCAUCACUGUGGCCCAGAAGUACUACCGAUCUGUCAGUGGAUACGCGGAUGAAUUACUGUGGGGAGCUGCUUGGUUGUACAAGGCAACAAACAAUCAGUACUACUUGAACUACCUCGCUAGAAACGGUGAUGCCCUCGGUGGGACCGGUUGGGCCAUGACCGAGUUCGGUUGGGAUGUUAAGUAUGCUGGUGUUCAAACACUUGUUGCAAAGUUUCUAAUGGGCGGAAAAGCCCGUGGACACGGCCGGGUGUUCGGAAAGUACCAAGAAAAGGCCGAGUUUUUCAUGUGUUCAUGCCUUGGCAAGGGUAGUCACAAUGUUCAAAAGACUCCUGGAGGCCUCAUUUUCCGGCAACGAUGGAACAAUUUGCAGUUUGUCACAAGUGCAUCUUUCCUCCUAACCGUCUAUGCCGAUUACUUGACUUCCGCCCGGAGAAACUUACAUUGUUCUUCCGGCACCGUCACCCCACCCAAGCUUCUAGCAUUUGCCAAAUCUCAGGUGGAUUAUAUUCUUGGAGACAACCCAAGAGCAACAAGUUAUAUGGUUGGAUAUGGGAACAACUACCCUCAACAAGUGCACCAUAGAGGUUCAUCGAUUGUAUCGAUUAAGGUUAACCCUUCAUUCGUUAGCUGCCGAGGUGGUUAUGCUACAUGGUAUAGCCGAAAAGCACGUGACCCGAAUCUCCUAACGGGGGCGAUUGUUGGUGGGCCCGAUGCGUAUGACAAUUUCGCUGACGAAAGAGGGAAUUUUCAGCAAACCGAGCCUGCUACAUAUAACAAUGCCCCUCUUCUUGGAGUCUUGGCUAGACUACAUGCUGGCCAUGGUGGUUACAACCAGCUUCUUCCAGUUGAAAUUCCUUUUCGUAAGCCCACUGCUGCUCAAAUAAAGCCCACUCCAGAAGCUAAAGUAACCCCAUCUGCAGGUUUGAUUGCAAUUGCACAGAAGACUUCAAGUUCAUGGGUAGCCAAUGGAAAAACCUACUACAGAUACUCGGUUACAGUAAAUAACAAAUCAAACAAGACCAUCAAGAACCUUAACCUUUCGGUAACAAAGCUCUACGGUCCGUUAUGGGGUCUAACAAAGCAAGCCGGCGGUUCCUACGGGUUUCCGGCAUGGGUUAGCUCUCUACCCGCCGGAAAAAGCAUAGAGUUUGUUUACAUUCAUACCAAUUCUCCGGCGAAGGUCUCUGUUAUGAGCUACAAAUUGGUCUGAAUCCGGCCAACGAUCGAAACAGACCAAAAGAUGUAUCUAAUGGAAGGUACAUGAGUUUUUAGGGGUUAAAACUGAGGUCUGAAGAAUGAGUGAAGAGACAGUUAAGAACAAGUGCUCAUCCUCUUUCUCCUCCUCCUUGAUCAUAUACUUCUCACCACAAGAUUAAUUAAUCCUUUUGUUUUUAUAUAUCUUUUCCUUUUUUCUACUUCAAAUUAGCUUUGAAGUGUUGUUAUCUGUUCCUGUUUGUGUGUAAAUUUGGCAACUUUUUCUUAUCUUGCAAUAUGAAUAUAGAUUUUGC